AUGAACUCCUCCAGCAACUCUAGCUUGAACUCCACUUGGAUUCCGGAUGGCGUGGUUUCGGGCCGCCUGAUAUCGAGCAUCAUCAUGGGGCUGUGCUGUGUUCUAGGCCUCCCUGGUAACAUAGGUGUCCUGGUGGUCAUCCUGCGCCGCUCGUCCCGACGCCUCAACUUCACCCUGUGCCUCAUGCUGAACCUGGCUUCCUCUGACAUCCUGUGCCUGGCCACGGUUCCCGUGUGGAUCUACCAUAUCCUGCACGCCUGGAUUCUGUGCUGUGCAGCAUGCAAGUUAGCCACCUUCCUGCUCUACCUCAGCCUGUGCUGUAACAUGCUAACGGUUACUCUAUUCGGUGUCCAUCGCUACCUCCAGGUGCUCUACCCUCAGAUGUUGAACAGGCUGGGGCCGUGUUUGCUCCUGGCCCUGUGGGGGCUCGCCUGUGCCCUGACUGCCCUCGCCGUUGCCACUCGUGAUGUGGUUGAUGGCGAGCUCAAGUGCCAGCGACACACGGGCUCCGAUGCUGAAAGAGUUGCUGUCCUCGUCUUGGAGACCCUUUUAGGGUUUGUGAUCCCGUUCUCUGUGCUGGUCACGUCCUACUGCCGCCUCCACCGGCGGGUGAACCAGACAGCACUGUUCAGCAGUGCCAAGAUGACGUGGCUGGUCACCAGUGUGGUGGUCACCUUCUUCACCCUCUGGAUCCCUGUGCACAUUGUCAAUAUGGUAGAUAUCACCUGCAUUGUGCAACAGACUUCCCUGCCAGAGUCGUCAGUUGCGCUUCGGUGCCACAGAAACACGGCAGCUCGUGUCGCCCGGUGCUUUUUGUUUUUUAACUGCUGCCUGGACCCCUUCUUGUACGCCUUCGCCUCGCGGAGGAUCCGCGAGCAGCCCAAGUCGUCGUAG